GAAAACCCCCCCCCCAUUACAUUGGCGGGUUCCCCAUUCAUUCCAGUCGCUGUUGGUUCUGACAAUGCUUUCAUGAGGUCUUCCAUGAUCUGUUCGUUUACAACGUCAGUAAUUCAUGGACACCGAAAUAUUACCCACUUUCUUUGCCAACCGGAAGAUCGUGAGGCGUUCCGUAGAUUAUUUUUUUCGCUCCAUUUUGUACCGCGCGCGUAUUUUUUGCCGUUGCCUCUAUUCCCGUGCUUGCGAAUCGCACCACUCUCUCAUGCCUUCCUGUGAACUUUGGCGCAUCUCUCCCACCUUCUCCACGACAUUUCUGUCGCUCUUUCGUUCAUCUUCCUCGUCGUGUUCCCCUUAUGCUGCACUCCGUCUUUUGUCUCUGUCGCGGUGCUCCCCCACUAUACCUUUUUCCCAGACGUGUUUUUCAAAUUCUACAUUUGCCCUAUCUCCACCGUAUUUGUUAUUACCAAUUUGGACUGAGUCUAACCGAGUUGUUCUCCCGAAUUGCAGUACAAAUAAUCCCCGUCUGCGAAUACCCCCCCUCCCCCCCCAAUUCACUAUGCCUCCCAAGAAAAUCAAAUUGGAACACAUUGACUACUCUGUCAAAACUGAACCUCUCCACGACACCUUAACAUCUCCGAGCACUCCACCGCUGGUGUCUCAACCGACCCCCGCCGGAAUACAGCCUCGUCGUCAAUUUCCACCUACCUCUGCACAUCCGACCCUCGCUCCAUUGGCAACCCCAUUGCGUCGUAUGCCUAGACGAACUACGCGCGUUCAGUCAUACAACGAGUCAGUUCUGGCUCGCACUGCCCAUCGGCGUUCUGAAAAGAAACGUUGAAAUUGUUCUCAUCAUGUAACGUGUUCCACUGUGUACCACCGUCUUGAUAACUAACUUACAGUAGGCCUUGCUUUGUGUUGAGCUCUUCUUCCAAAGUACAUUACAAACCUACUUAGACUAGGUUGCAUUUCAGUAGCGUUACUCAUAUUCUGUAACAUGCUAAUAACGCUUCACAUAAAAUAUAUUCCCGUGCGAUAACUAUCCCAUCUCC